ACGAGCUGAUAACAUAACCAUCUUUUAUCAUAAGGGUUGUGAUCAAUUUCAGUUAUCUUUUCCUUUGAUACUGUUCAGUGUUUGUGUCCUUACACUUAAAAGUCAUGAGUUAUUUAAAUGAUCAAAACCGUAAAAGCUGGUAAUAGGGUAACAUUACCAUUUUGCGAUCAUUUGUGUAAAAAUGAGCAAUUGUAGCUGCUCGUUGAAUCACUUGAAUUAUGCAACAUUUAUUAAGAACAAUCCUUUGCAAUGGGGCACAACACAGGAGAAUAUAUUUUUGUAUAAACCAUACAAUUACCCGCCAGAUAUCCCAGACAACAUUGAAACCAAAGAUACUGGAAGCCAAUGAAACAAUUGUCGAUAAUCCUAAGUCAGUAUUGCCUAAUGGUAGACAGUUACCACCACAAUUAAAACCUGUAUGUAGUGCCAAUGAAAAUAUUAUUAGAAAUGAUAAAGAAUGGAUGGAUGUAAGAGUCAAUUUCAAAGACUUGCACCUUCAUUACUCAAAACUCUCGAAAAGUCGAUUAACCACUUUGGUGGUGAUGACAACAUUAGCUGGCUAUGCGAUGGCUCCUGCUCCAUUUGAUCUAUUAACAAUGACAUACUGCUGUGCUGGAACUGGUCUAUUAUCAGCAGCUGCUAAUUCAAUAAAUCAAUAUCAUGAAGUGCCAUUUGACGCUCAAAUGUCAAGAACUAAGAACCGAGUACUCGUUCGUGGCAUAAUAUCGCCACUUCAUGCACUUAUGUUUGCAACAGUCUGUGGGUCUUUAGGUAUAGUUACCUUAUAUUAUGGUGCAAAUCCAAUAACAGCCGCUUUGGGCGCUACAAAUUUAAUAUUGUAUACGUCUGUUUAUACACCAAUGAAACGUAUUAGUAUUUUAAAUACUUGGAUUGGCUCAAUAGUUGGUGCAAUACCUCCACUAAUUGGAUGGGCAGGUUGUACUGGUGGACUUAUUGAUCCCGGUGGUUUGUUACUCGCUGGUUUAUUGUAUACAUGGCAGUUUCCUCACUUCAAUGCUUUAUCAUGGAAUUUACGACCAGACUACUCGAGAGCUGGCUAUAGAAUGAUGUCAGUUACUAAUCCAGGAUUAUGUAGAAGAACAGCAUUGCGCUACACUAUAGGUAUAUUUGGUUUGUGUUGUGCAGCUCCUUUGUGUGAACUGACCAAUAUGUAUUUUUCAAUUGCUGUUGCGCCAUUGAAUGCUUAUUUCGUCUACUUAGCUUGGAAGUUUUAUCAAGAAUCUGAUAGCAAGUCGUCGAGGAAACUAUUUAGGUUUUCUUUGAUUCAUUUACCUGCUCUUAUGAUACUAUUACUAGUCAACAAACAUGGUCUAUGGUCUAGUAAUAGCGACCCCAAGGAAACCAAUAAAUUAAUUACAAUUAACAAAGAUGAUGCAAGUUUGGGCUUUAUUUUCAAAACUCCUGUAUCAAUUUAGAACUAGCGUUGUUUUAAUUACAUUUUUGUUAUUUAUUGGAAGAUAUUACAUUGUUUGUAUAGAAUGAAUUACACUAUGUUUUUAUGUCGUGUUGAGUAGUAAAAUUAUUCAUCUCA